AAGAAUCUGACUUGUGUCUGUACACUUCACUCUAUGCUUAAUACAAAACAAUUGUCUUCUUCUCUAUCUGUCAGCUUUCUUUGCCUCUUUGAAAACAACUUUCCCUUCUCCAUCUCCAUCUCUCUCUUUCUCUGAGCUUCAGAGAAAUCAAAAAACCCUAAACCCAGACUUGAAUAUCCUUAAAAAUUUCAGGUUCUAACCAAUUUAAACGCAGCAUUUUGGUGUCCGGCUUCCGCCAUUGAAGACCCAUCUUUCCAUUUGUUCUUCUAAGUAUAAAAAAGCUAAGCGAAACCCAGAAAGAAAGACCUCGAAGCAAAAAAAACGCUUCUUUCUGCGAGUCGAGGCUUCAUUCUUAAACCACUGCUAAACCCUUUUUUCUCUUUUGCUCUAUUGAGAGAGAUAAAGCCCAAAAAUGGUGAAUAAAAAACCUUUCCACAAAACCCACAUCUUCCUUUCUCUUCUAGUCUUCACCAAUGUGGCUCUGCUCGUGACCUCCAAGUCCACAAUCGAGCCCUGCGCGAACUCAGACUCGUGCAACGCCUUGCUCGGCUACACCGUCUACACCGAGCUCAAGGUCUCCGAGGUGGCCUCGCUCUUCCAAAUCGACCCAAUUGCUCUUCUCACCGCCAAUGCCAUCGACAUUUCGUACCCUGACGUCGAAAACCACAUUCUCCCUUCCCAGCUCUUCCUCAAAAUCCCAAUCGUCUGUUCCUGCGUCGAUGGAAUUCGCAAAUCGGUCUCGACCCACUACAAGACCCGGCCUUCCGAUACGUUAGCCUCCAUCGCCGAUUCGAUAUAUUCGGGUUUGGUAUCUGCAGACCAGAUUCGGGAGGCCAAUUCCAUUUCGGACCCUUCGGUUCUGGAUGUGGGGCAGACCCUUGUGGUGCCUCUGCCCUGUACUUGCUUCAAUGGGACUGAUAAUUCGUUGCCUGCUAUCUACUUGUCGUAUGUGGUGACCCCGGUGGACACUUUGGCUUGGAUUGCGGCUAGGUACUCGACCACCCUUACUGAUUUGAUGAAUGUUAAUGCCAUGGGAAGUACGGCCAUUAAAGCUGGUGAUAUACUUGCAAUCCCAUUGCCUGCUUGUGCAUCAAACUUCCCGAGAUAUGCUGCAGAUUACGGCUUAAUCGUGCCCAAUGGGAGCUAUGCCAUUACAGCAAGUCACUGCUUGCAAUGCAGUUGUGGGCCUGGGAAUCUCAAUUUGUACUGCCAGCCUGCUUCAUUAGCAGUUUCAUGUUCGAGCAUGCAAUGUAGAAACAGUAACCUCAUGGUCGGGAAUGUUACAGUUCAGCAGAGUGGUGGUGGUUGCAAUGUCACGUCUUGUAACUAUGGUGGUUUUGUGAACGGCAGCAUAAUCACAACGUUGUCUACAUCUCUCCAACCCCGCUGCCCAGGGGCACAGAAAUUUCCACCACUUAUAGCCCCACCUACUUCGGCAAUCCGGGAUACAACCUUUGCACCCUCACCUGCUCCCCAGUCAGAUGGCGCCGGGGGCACAGGGACACCCAAGUCGUCUUCAUUGGUACCUUCAACAACCAGCAUGCUUCCAGGAUUGGCCCCUAUAGGUGGCCCUGCUGGGAGCGCUUCUGGGAGUGCUUCUGAUGCCUGCUCCUUGAUUAAUCCAUUGGCCAAUUUCCCAACCGCAGUUUUGUUGCUUUUGUAUGUCAAGUUCAUGAUGGCCAUCUUAUAAUGAUUUCGGUUGUGUUAUCGAAGGUGGCUUCAAUGUUUGACGGGUGUGAUUAGUCCGUUAACCUUAUAUUUGUUUGUACUGUUCAAACUGAUUUUGUGGAUGUGGCAAACCAUAAUGGGGUUUCAAUUACUGAUGGGUUUUGUUUUGCUCAACUGCCAGAUUAUGAAGCACUAUGAGGUACUGGCAGUUGCCAUCUCUGUAAUCUAUUCUUGUUUUCA